AUGACUGGACAGGCGCAGGUGGAGGGCGCUGAUGCAGGUGCACUCCUUCUUGGUGUGGACCUCCAGUCGCUAGACGUCGACUCGUUACUUGGUCCUCUGGCCUCAAGGGGAUCACGAAGCCUAGGCUUUCGGCAAAGGCCACCACGUGUGGGUGUUGAAGGGUUGAGGGCGGAUGAAGUCAUCUCCGCGCAGAAGAAAGCCUUGGAGCAGCCGGCACCCACCCAGGCAGUGAAGGCCAAGGCCGCGAACUGCUUGGCUCAUGGGCCGGCGCUGGUGGGUGGCAAGUGCGGCGAGCGCAUGUUCUUCAUCGUAACCACGGUGACGUCAGAUGGCCAAGUCAUGAAGGAGGGCGGGGCAUCCGUCACUUGCAUCGUGACCGGCCGCAGCCUCAUGUCCAAAACGCAGCCAGAGCCGCGCCCGUUCGUGGAAGACCGCCAGGAUGGCACAUACCACAUCCAGUUCGUUUGUGCAACGCCUGGGGUCUACGAGAUCGCAGCGUGCGUGGAUGGGGUUGCCUUACCUAUGUGCCCCAUUGCAGUCAGCGUCGCGCCUGGCCCACCCAGUGCGACUACCACACAGGUUCGCGGCGAUGGGUCGCAGCGCUGCACACUGGGUGGCUCAGCCGAGUUCACAAUCCAGGCCAUGGACGAAUUCGGAAAUCUGUGCGGAGAGGGUGGAGCUCGUUUCGGCGUGCGGGCCAGCGCCCACGUGCGAUUGCACGAAGUCUCCGACAACGAGGAUGGCACAUACACCGUUACCUACUCGAUUCCAGACUGGGCGCAAGGGCCCGUGAAACUGGAGGUAUUGUUGGAUGGCCAUCCAAUCCGAGGCUCCCCGCUCAUGCCGAGGAUUAUAGGCUACGUGCCGGACAAGGGCGUAGAACCCAAGGCCAAGGCACAAGGCCGAGUCCAGAAGGGUGCUGGUGGUACUUUCACCGAUCAACUUCCGCCGGAACCUCAGCUGAAGCCUCGUGCAUUUCUUGGCGCCUCCAUCGAUGUGCAUCUGGAGCAGUGCGUCAGAAAGUGGGAGGACAUCCAGCUACAGAAGCCUCGACAGCAUCGCGAGUCUGUGCCAGAGUGCCCGAAUCUGACGCCAGAGAUGACACAGACUGACUUCAACCGGGCAGUCCGAGCUCGCUUUCAGAGGCGAUGCCAUCACUGCGGCAAAAGUGCAGGUCAUCUGCCAGAGUUGCGGGCGUUCCUUUCCCCAACGAUGCCAUGCUGCAGCAACACUUAA